UUCAUUCAGCACCGACACCCGUCUAAGUACAUUACUUUUUGCGCUGCUUGUUUCAGCAGACUUUAUAUCACUUUGCCUUCACCAUGUUAAGGAUGCUAAGGAGACACCAGAUCCACCCGGGUAUGAUUUUAAUACUGGUCUGGCUUUGUCAUUUCAUUGAGGACCAGAAAGUGCAAGCUGGCAACUGCUGGCUGCAGCAAGGGAAAAACGGAAGGUGCCAGGUUCUCUACAUGCCUGGGAUGAACAGAGAGGAAUGUUGUAGGAGUGGUAGGCUCGGAACGUCCUGGACAGAGGAGGAUGUUCCCAACAGCACGCUGUUCAGGUGGAUGAUCUUUAACGGCGGGGCUCCCAACUGCGUACCUUGCAAAGAGACGUGUGACAACGUGGACUGUGGCCCGGGCAAGAGAUGCAAGAUGAAUCGCAGGAGCAAGCCACGCUGCGUCUGUGCCCCGGAUUGCUCCAACGUCACCUGGAAAGGGCCCGUGUGUGGCUCAGACGGAAAAACCUACCGCGACGAGUGCGCCCUGUUGAAAUCCAAGUGUAAAGGCCACCCGGACCUGGAGGUCCAGUACCAGGGCAAAUGCAAGAAGACAUGCCGUGACGUGCUUUGCCCAGGCAGCUCCACCUGCGUGGUUGACCAGACCAACAACGCCUACUGCGUGACCUGCAACCGCAUUUGCCCCGAGGUCACCAGCCCGGACCAGUACCUGUGUGGCAACGAUGGCAUCGUCUACGCCAGUGCCUGCCACCUGCGAAGGGCCACCUGCCUGCUCGGCCGCUCCAUCGGUGUGGCCUACGAGGGCAAGUGCAUCAAGGCAAAGUCGUGCGAUGACAUCCAGUGCAGCGCGGGGAAGAAGUGUCUGUGGGAUGCCCGCAUGGGCCGAGGCCGCUGCGCCCUCUGCGAAGACGCGUGCCCGGACAGUCGCUCCGAGGAGGCUGUGUGUGCCAGCGACAACACAACCUACCCCAGCGAAUGCGCCAUGAAGCAGGCAGCUUGCACACAGGGCGUCCUCCUGGAGGUUAAGCAUUCGGGAUCUUGCAAUUCCAUCACAGAAGACCAGGAAGAGGAGGAGGAUGAGGACGACCAGGACUACAUGGCUUAUAUUCAUUUAUCCCCACUCCUGGAUGGAUAAAACACACUAAUAGAAAAUCAAUCACUCACACACUCCCCAUACAACCCUUAUCACCACCGGCGGAACUCUCCAUCGUGGGGCGAGGAAAAUCUGUUUAUACUGUACAUAUGUGUAUGCUUAUUUAUUUUUGAAAAGAAAAAGGAAGUAUACAUAUAGUCCAGUCUGCUAGAUGUUUUAUUUAUGCAGUGUUUUAUUUCCCUUUGUUGGAUUUAUAAUUUAUACAUUUACAGUGUCUGGCUUACUAUCAAUCAUGUUUUAUUUUGAGGUUUGUGAGAGGGUGUGAAUGCUGUGUGUGUGUGUGCGUGUGUGUGCGUGCGUGCGUGCGUGCGUGCGUGCGUGCGUGCGUGUGUGUGCGUGUGCGUGUGUGUGUGUGUGCACAUGUGGAUGUGCAUUGUUUUGUGGUUUUUUUUCUUUUUCUUCCUUUUGUAUUAUGAAGAAAUAUAUUUGUCCAAAGAGAAGCAAUGUUAUUUAUUGUGAGGUACCAAGGUUACCAUGUAAAGUAUACAUCAUCUGCAAGCUGUAAAUUGCUAUCCCCACGCUGUACAAAUCUGCUUAUGGCUGUCCAUUCUGUCACAGAUGUUUAUAUUUCACACACACAUACACACACACACACAAACACACACUCUCGCUCUCUCAUACACAUACAGACACACACAAGAAAAAUGCAUGUUAGCCUGUGUGUUUAUUUAUUGGGAAUCUGUCACUCUUUAAAUGUACAUAAAUGUUACUGGUUUUGUUUACAGUUCAUAAUAGCUGACCAAAGGGACUAUCUCAAUGGUUCUGCAAAGUGGCUCGAUAUGGUGCAGCACGCCAAUAUAUAUUUCUUCUGAAAGUAAGCCCUUAAUAAAAUUAAGUAGAUGUCAAACACCAGAUAUCUUGCAACUGCAGUAUUGUCUAUUCAGUGAAAUGUUAGGAAAAAAGAGAAUAGUUUUCAAUCAUACUUGAUUAUCAGAUAUGUGCCAUUUACUUGUAUAUACUAUUUUGUUUUUGCCAAUGUUCUGCUCCAUAUGGCUCUGGUGGAGCACAUAGGAACAAUGAUGCGUAGCGUUGGGUGUCGGUAUAUCAGACCUAUCACUUUUCUUUGUGUGCAUUGUUUUGAAGAUGCAUUUUUUAUUUUUCAGACAUCACAAGCUAAAUACAGAAAUUCAGUUAUAAAUAUAUAGUUUUGUAUUUUUUUAUGUAAAUGUCAUAUGUAUAUACAAAGUUUGAUGGUAUUUGUACAGAUAUGAAGAGUGAAAACAAUAAUAAAAAGAAAAUUCAUGAAACUA